AUGAGCUCUAAUUUCCUUGUUUUACCCGGACCGAACGCAUUGUCCCCUUUUAGAGUUAAUAAUUUAAUUCAAGAGAUUGAGAAGAAAUCUCAAAAGCCAAAUUCAAUUGAAGAAGUUGCUAGUCAAUACACCCACUACGUCUCCCUCAAGAAACCAUUGAAUGAAAAACAAUUAGAGUUGUUGAAAAUCUUGUUGACUUAUGAUAACCCUGUUGACACUUCGAAUCCAUUAAAUGAUGAAUUGAUUAAAUUAUCCACUGGAGAAGGUCAAGCCAAACGUGGAGAAGAGUUUGUUCAGGUUUUACCCAGACCAGGUACCAUUUCUCCUUGGUCUUCAAAAGCCACGGAUAUCGCUCAAAUUUGCGGAUUGGGCGAUUUUGUAGAAAGAAUAGAACGUGGGUUGUCAUUAUUGUUCAAAAUCAAAGACGGUGAAACGUUCACUCCGUCAGGUGAUAUAUUGACAUCGGUGUUUGACAGAAUGACUCAAAAGCUUUACGUCAAUGAAGAUGUGCCAAGAUAUGAUGAUUUAUUUGCCCAUCAUAACCCCAAACCACUUGUCACCGUUGAUUUAUUGGGCAGCAAAGACAACUUGUUGCAAGCAAAUAAAGAAAUGGGAUUGGCUUUAGACCAAGGUGAGAUUGACUACUUAACUAACGCAUUCACUAAAGUUAUUGGUCGCAACCCUACUGAUGUUGAAUUGUUUAUGUUUGCUCAAGUCAAUUCCGAGCACUGUCGUCACAAGAUUUUCAAUGCUGAUUGGACUAUAGAUGGUGUCAAGAAAGACAAGUCUCUUUUCAAAAUGAUUAGAAACACUCAUGAGAAAAACCCACAGUACACAGUUUCUGCAUAUUCUGACAACGCAGCUGUUUUCGAAGGACCAGAUGGGUAUUUAUUCACCCCAGAUUUCAAAUCCAAGCAAUGGAAGUCAAUUAAGGAAAGUGUUCAAACUUUGGUCAAAGUUGAAACUCAUAAUCAUCCAACUGCUGUUUCUCCGUUUGCAGGGGCAGCCACUGGUUCAGGUGGUGAAAUUAGAGAUGAAGGUGCUGUUGGAAAGGGUUCCAAAUCUAAAGCAGGGUUGUCUGGAUUUACUGUUUCCGAUUUAAACAUUCCAACUUUGAAACAACCUUGGGAAAGAGAUGUUGGGAAGCCAAACCAUAUAGCCAGCUCUUUGGAUAUAAUGAUUGAAGCGCCAAUUGGUUCAGCUGCGUUCAACAAUGAAUUUGGAAGACCGGCUAUCAAUGGUUACUUUAGAACUUUAACCACUGAGAUUGAGAACGCCAAGGGCGAAACUGAAAUUAGAGGUUUCCAUAAACCAAUCAUGUUGGCUGGUGGUAUGGGUGCCAUUAGACCAGGGUUGGCGUUGAAAAACAAGAAAAUCACUCCCGGAGCCAAGUUGAUUGUCUUGGGUGGUCAAUCUAUGUUGAUUGGAUUAGGUGGAGGAGCUGCUUCAUCUAUUAGCUCGGGUGAAGGAUCCGCUGAUUUGGAUUUUGCUUCAGUUCAAAGAGGUAACCCAGAGAUUCAAAGAAGAGCACAACAAGUUAUCGAUGCUUGUGUGUCGUUGGGUGCAGAUGGCAAUCCGAUUCAAUCUAUUCAUGAUGUUGGUGCUGGUGGGUUAAGUAACGCCUUGCCAGAAUUGGUGCAUGAUAAUGAUUUGGGUGCCAAAUUCGAGUUGAGGUCAAUUUUAUCAUUAGAACCAGGAAUGUCGCCUAUGGAAAUUUGGUGUAACGAGUCCCAAGAAAGGUACGUUUUGGGUGUUGCACAAGAGGAUUUGGAAAUGUUCUCCAAAAUUUGUGAGCGCGAAAGAGCACCAUUUGCUGUUGUAGGUGAAGCCACUGAAGAGCAGAGAUUGGUGUUGACGGAUUCAUUGUUGAAAAGCACUCCCAUUGAUUUGGAAAUGUCGGUGUUGUUUGGAAAACCACCAAAGAUGUCACGUGUUGCCACUACUGAAAACUUGAAAUUGAAACCAUUUAAAACUAAUGAGUUGGAGAUUAGUGAAUCUAUUGAUCGUGUUUUGCAAUUGCCAUCGGUGGGAUCGAAAUCAUUCCUUAUCACUAUUGGUGAUAGAUUCAUCACUGGCUUGGUCGACCGUGAUCAAAUGGUUGGACCUUGGCAAGUACCAGUGGCUGAUGUUGGUGUUACUGCAACAUCCUUGGGAGAAACUGUUUUGUCCACUGGUGAAGCCAUGGCUAUGGGAGAAAAACCAACUUUGGCUUUGAUUUCAGCUAGCGCCUCAGCCAAAAUGGCUGUAGCUGAAUCUUUGUUGAAUGUGUUUGCUGCCGAUGUACCAUCACUAGAGCAUGUCAAAUUAUCAGCCAACUGGAUGUCAGCUGCCAGUCAUCCAGGUGAAGGUGCUAAAUUGUAUGAAGCAGUUGAAGCUAUUGGUCUUGACUUGUGUCCAGAAUUGGGAGUUUCAAUCCCAGUGGGGAAAGAUUCCAUGAGUAUGAAGAUGAAGUGGGAUGAUAAAGAAGUUACUGCGCCAUUAGCAUUGACCAUUACUGCAUUUGCUCCUGUUGAUAACACCUCCAACACUUGGACUCCUCAACUUCAACGUGUCGAUGAUUCCGUAUUGGUGCUUGUUGAUUUGGCAGCAAAGGAUAAAAAAUCACUUGGUGGGUCUGCAUUGGCUCAAGUGUAUAAACAAGUUGGUGAUAGUGCUCCAACUGUGCACUCAAAUGCUGUAUUGAAAGCAUUUUUGCAAUCAUUGGUUGUUUUGCAUAAGCAGUUUCCUGUAUUGGCAUAUCAUGAUAGGUCUGAAGGUGGGCUACUUGCCACUGUAUUAGAAAUGGCAUUUGCUGCAAGAUGCGGACUAGACAUCUCGUUAGAUGCUGAAGAGGAUCAAUUCACUGAGUUAUUCAAUGAGGAGUUGGGUGCUGUUUUUCAAAUUAGAUUGCAUGAUUUAAUUAAAUUUAGAGAGAUUUUUGCCAACCAUGGUAUGGACAAGGAAUUUAUCAAAGUUAUCGGAAAACCAAAUUUCCAUGAUCAAGCUGUUAACAUUUCAUACAAUGGUGCGCCAAUUUAUACUUCAACGCGUGCCCAUUUGCAACAAUUGUGGAACAACACUUCGUACCACAUACAAAAGAUGAGAGAUAAUCCAGUCACAUCAAAGCAAGAAUAUGAUGCAAUUGCUGAUGACAAGGAUCCAGGUAUUAGCUAUCAAUUAACAUUUGACCCCGCCGAACGUAAGUCAUACAAAACAAGACCAAAAGUUGCUAUCUUGAGAGAGCAAGGUGUCAAUUCUCAACAAGAAAUGGCAUGGAGUUUCCAGCAAGCAGGUUUCGAUGUUUACGAUGUAACUAUGUCGGACAUUUUAGAAGGAAGAGUCACUUUGGAUAAUUUUGUUGGAUUAGCUGCUUGUGGUGGGUUUUCAUAUGGUGAUGUUUUGGGAGCUGGGGCUGGAUGGGCAAAAUCUGUAUUGUUCCAUGAAAAUGCUAGAAAUGAAUUCAAAAAAUUCUUCCAAGAUAGGACAGAUACUUUUGCAUUUGGUGCAUGCAAUGGUUGCCAAUUUUUCAGUAGGAUUGCUGAAUUGAUUCCUGGAACUGACCACUGGCCCACAUUUGAGCGUAACUUGUCAGAACAAUAUGAAGCUAGGUUUGUCAUGGUUGAGGUAGAUCCAUCAGAAAACAACAACUCCAUUUUUUUGCAAACAAUGAAAGGAUCGAAAUUGCCAAUUGCUGUGGCCCAUGGUGAAGGACGUGCUCAAUUCAAAUCAGUUGAAGACGCCAACGAUUUUAACUUGGAUGUUAUUCACUACAUUGAUAACUACGGAAACCCAACACAAACUUAUCCAUUCAAUCCCAACGGAUCGCCUAAUGCCAUUGCUGGUAUUAGCUCAGCAAAUGGAAGAGUGUUGGCGAUGAUGCCUCAUCCGGAGAGAGUUACACGUAAAGAGAGUAACUCAUGGUACCCACACGCUCAAGCUAGAGAAUGGCAAGGAUAUGGCCCAUGGGUUGAAUUGUUUAAAUCCGCAAGAGCUUGGGUCGGUGAUAAUUGA